CUACUAUAUAACAAAUAAUUUGAGCAAUGGAGGGAGCUGGGACUGUAGACAACGGGUUGAGUGUCAUCAUCAGAACACCUGAUCAAAGAGUCAAGGACAUGGAGAUCACGUGUCAACCAACCUGGACUGUCGCUAAUCUCAAACAUCACCUCUCCCUCUUAUAUCCUGGCAAUCCUACGGAGGAUAAACAAAGACUUAUCCUCGCUGGUAAACUUCUACAAGAUAAGGCUAAGCUGGAGGAACUCUUUAAGCAAUACGAUUAUAGACCGAUAAUACAUUUUGUGUGCACACAAACCUUACCCGAGCCUGUCAGUGACACCGAGUCUACAACUGGUCAGUCUGCCAGGUCCAGUGUCAGUUCCCCCACGAAUCCCGCCGUAGAGCAGAACGCUGCUCCUGUCCGACCAACCAUUCAAAUCCCUGGUGGUAACCCCAGAUGGAGCGCUCACAUGAACCAGCUCCACAAUUGGCGACAACAGCUGGAGGAGAACCAGGCAGCAUAUUACCACCAGAACCACUUGAACCCUGCUGUUUUGAGGAGGGUUGCUGAGCAGGCACAGGAGCGUGCUGCACCUCCGCCCCAACAAGAACAGCAGCCUCAACAACAACCAGUUCGACCAGCUCAGGAUCCUGAGGAGCAACAUGACUUGUUAGACGUCUUUUAUCUUAUUAUCAGGGCCCUUUUUCUUCUGGCUCUCGCCUGGAAUUACGCCAGUCCAGCCAAGUUCUGUUUCAUGGGAGUCCUACUCUUCUACUUGUAUCUUUAUCAAAGCGGAUACAUCGAAAUGCCUGCUAUUUUCUCGAGAAAUCAGAACGAACAGACGGAGGAAGGAGCUGAAGAGAGAGAAAUUUCAAGAAUAGCUGUACUCAAGAAUGCGCUCUUAUCUUUUUUCACGUCCUUGAUGCCAUCUAAUGAAAAUGUCAACUGAUAAUAACGACUUUAGAAGUUUUUUUGGGAGGAUGGAUUAUUUGUCACGGUUUUUAAUGGAUGGUGCUAAAAUUAUUUGUUUAAGUAUUUCAGUAGGGUCUAGAGGUCAUUAGCUGAAAGUGAAUCGAAUCUAGACUUUCAUUAAAGUUAUAGUUAAAAUUUCAUUCAGCCCAAUUAAGAACAGCGAAUCAAGGCAGCAGAUAACAAUUAACAAAUUGUAAUUUAAAAUUUCUACAUGCCUAAAGUAGUUAAUGUCAGAUGAAGCCGUAACAGGCAUGCUACAGGUCCGGCCAAAUGAGAAUCCGUUAAAACGCGACAAAAACAAAAAUAAUUUCGAUCCUUCUAUAAUUUAUAUGCAAACACACACCUAAGUGGCAUGCCCGUCAGCUAAAAAUAAUGUUUUCUCGAUUUUGUAUGCGGUAACAAUGAUUUGGGGAGUUUUCAUCAAGAAGUUCAGCGUUGGUCAGUAGCAAAAACUUCAUUGUUUCGAUAAUUUGUGAUCCUUAUUGUUGAUGUUAUGAUAAUCACCAUGAGUUAGGGUUUAAUCGUUAGCAGAAUCAGCGUUACAUUACAUUUGAUAUUACAUUACAGUCGGAUUAUACGAGUACCAGAUUUGGUGCCUGGCUUUGUGUUAAAGCUCCGUAAUUCAGUUAUUUAACAUAAGUUCAGAUUUAGUAUUUUCAAUCUAGUCAAUUUAAUUAUAUCUAAGGUUAAAGAAUGCAAAAUUCGUUAAUCCGGCAAGUAUUUUGACUGAAGAGGUCACUCUUCAUUCUACUGUGACAUUUUGUAUAUCAUAACAAUGGUUACUUAUGUAAGUUUCAGUGUAAUGUAAUGAUGUACGUAGAAUGGGGUUAAUCUGAACGAACGAUUAUUAUUACAAUCAAUAUGAAUUUUCUGGAUCGUUGUGAUCGAAUUUGUCAAUAUUUAUUGCUUUUGCUACAAGUUGCAUAGUUCUAGAGCCAGAAAUAAGCAUGUUUGAUGUAAUCGUAAAUGUGUCAACAAUUUAAGGAAUGGCAUUUUUAAUGUUUUUAGUGUAGUGAUUCAUGAUCAAGAUUUUGUAGAUCUGAAUUAUGAUGUAGAUAAUUUUUCAACAAA